GUACGGGUUGACCCCACAUUGUAGAACCAUCCGGGCAAGUGGUCUACACGGACACAAUGAAUUUGAUGUUAUUAGCCGCUUUAAUAGCGGUAUGCAGUGCAGCGAAACUAGACCGCACGUAUCUUCCACCGGAAUCCGCUAAAACAGCCGGAGGCAUUGCUGGGGAUAUACAAGCUCCUCUUGUUAGAGAUCUCUUCAACCCUGGACAAAGUGGUUUACCGAAAGGUGCUUUCGAUAAUGAAUUCGAUGGAGUAGUCGUAGAAGCUGCGGGCCCAGGUAUCAGAGCCUCAAGUCCUGGUGAAACAGGCUUAGGAGCUGAUAGAAUUUCAUAUGGAUCAAGUCACUCUAAAGUAGGCGGUGCAGCUUUCAAAACUAACCAACAAGGAUUCAAUAUUCCUAAUCAACAAAAUAAUAUACAAAGUACUGAUCAAAUCGAAUCACAAACACUGCAGAAUUUCCAACAAGGAGUUAAUUUCGGUUUUAAUACUGAACGACCACAGGCUGAAUUUGAUAAAGCAUCGAAUAUAGUUCGUUUCGAAAAUAAUGUCAGUCCGCAAGCUUACAACUAUGCAUUCGAAACUGAUAACGGUAUAACAGCUGAGGAGAACGGAGUCGCUGUAAAUGGUAUACAAGCCGAAGGAGGUUACUCUUAUACUGGAGAUGAUGGUAAAUUGUACAAAGUGACGUACACCGCUGGAGAAGGUGGAUAUCAACCGAGUGGUGAUCAUCUUCCAACACCUCCUCCUAUUCCCGAAGAGAUUCUGAAGUCUUUGGAGCAGAAUGCUAAAGAGGCUGCUGAAGGUAUUGUAGAUGAUGGCUCUUACGACGCCGAGAAGUACAAUACAGAAGACGAUCGCACAAAAAGUGAGAGCGAUAAUACGGGGCAGCGAUAUAAUGGUGGACAGUUUGGAGUGCCUGAAUCAGAUGCACAUGUAAGCGGAACAUUCAUCAAUCAAAAUACUCGUGUAUUCGAGAAUAUGAAUAGCCUUCAGCAACCACAAACAACAAACGAUGACAUCAGGAAUAAUGUAUUUGAAUCUUUCCAGAAUAACUUACAGCCCAAACCGACUUUCGCAACCGCAUUAGGAAAGCAGCCUUUAUCAGGUGCACCAUUCGAACAAAGUAAGAAUGGUGAUACCCUCGGUAAUUUUGGAUCAUCUGAAUUGAAUAAAAAAGAUUCUAAAAAUCAAGAAGAUACAUUUUCUGAUAAUGACGAUUAUUCAAGGCCCAUUUACUUUGGAACACCACAGUUGAACCUGGAAACAAAUAAUAGAUUUGAAAUUAAACCAUCAUAUUUACCUCCUACUAAUAAUCUUCAUUCUAAUAAUCGGCCAUCUGUUUCUCUUAAUUCAUAUGGUUCACAGAAUACAGCUCAAAGCAUAUCAGAAAGCUCUACCUUUGAAUCGCAAGUCUCAAAUAGCAAUGCGAACAAACCCCUAGUUACAGGACAAUCGCGUCCUCAGUCUUUUCCCAGCAAUCAGUUCGAACAAUUUAGUCAAACCUCUAAUAAUCAGCCUUCGAGACAAUUUAUAAAUGGUCAAUUUUCAGAUCUGAAUAAAAACAAAAAUACUCAGUCCGGAAUACAAACCUCGUAUAAUACUUUUAUUAAUAUACCAUCAACCUUACAACCAAGUGCAGAGCUUACCACACCUUUUGAAGAUUCCCCAACAUCAAAUAAAAAACUUGCCACUGCUAAUGUGCCAUUAACUCCAACUCAAGCAUCUUUGUCGGAUGUUACUGGUUCUAUCUCACAAUCGAGUAAUGCUCCCCAAAUUGGUUUUGGAACAUCAGAAGAAAACCUUAAUCAAAAUGAAGUCAAACAUACUAACAUUUUAUCGCAGCAGGCAUCAGAUCAGAUGAUAAAUACAAACAUUAAUUUAAAUGGCAACUCCCAGUUCCAAGGUCCAGAUCAUUCCUAUUAUUAUUAUCUCCCUUCGAAGCCAUUCAACUUCAACAGAGUGACCACACCAACAUUUCAAUCUGAAAAUCGUCCAUUUAGUAGCGGUUUCAACAAUGGUGCGGUAACUAAAUAUCCUAGGCCACCCACUGUAGUACCUACUAUUCCUAGUUCAAUGUAUAAUCAAUAUUUCAAUACUCCCCAAUCUUCUCCCUCUGGUUCAUUUAACGACAGAUUUAGGCCAUCAACAAAAUACCCCCAACCUUCAGUAGUAACCCAAGCUCUACCGUUACCAACGAGCCCAACUAAGAUGGAUGGAUAUCCGGAACAAUACACAGGAAUAACUCAAGCUUCUGUAUCACCCUUUCCAUCAACCUCUAACAAAUAUACAAGUCCUUUCUCAAAGAAUCAACAAUCUGAAAAUGUAGGUCAAAAUCUGCCUCAAAAUUCUCCAAUUAAUUCAUCGUUCCAAAAAGAAGCAACUUUAACUCAAUCAUUUAAUAGAGACCAGGCUACUUUUGUUGGUAGUCAAGCAGUUCAACAAUCUCCUAAUCAAGAUCAACCAGAACUUAGUAACAAUGCUUCUCAAUUGCCUUCGAGCCAGCAAUAUAAUGGUGAAAUAUAUGAAUAUAAUAAACCAGCACAAUCUUUAUCGACUGCUACCGAAUCAGAUGAAGGUACUAAUAAUUUUUCACAAUUUGGUCAAAAAUUACGACCAUCUAUUCAAACUACAGUACAGGAAGCACAAGAAAUUCAAACUAACAGCAAUCGUGGUCCACAAAACAAUCAGCUAGCAGGAACAAGACCUCAACAACAACCUACAAAUUUACAAGGACAAUUCGAUCAAAACAAAUUCACACAAAAUCGAAUUUCAACCUCUGAUUCAUUUAUUCAAGACUUUGACACCAAGAGACAGCAAACAUUUUCUUCAAGUAACUUACAAACAACCGAUGUUAAACCAACAAUAGAAACUAUGAAAUUUACAUCAGGCGCUUCCGGAGAAAAUCAACCAACUGACUAUAAGAGACCUUUUGAUUUCUCAACUAGAAUUAGGCCUUGUUGUCAAGGGCCAAAAACUUCUACCGGACAAAACAUCAAGAGUUUCCAUAAGCCAAUUCAUUCACAAGAUCAGACUGUUAACUUUGGAAUGUCUUCACAGUUUGGGCAACAAGAUAAUCUAAAGCCGGGAGUUAUUAGUGAAAAUUCUUUUAACACUCCGUCAAUUGGAUUUAGACCACAGACCUUACAAACAACUAGUCAACCAGGAGGAGUGGGCGAAACAUUUGGUGGUCCAAGAAGACCACCCAGUUUUGAUGAAGCUUCUGGUUACUAUUAUUGAAACAAACCUGUCUUGAAUAAAUA